AUGCUCUCCUCCUCUUCCGAGAGUCCCGGUGCUUCUGACAUGAAGAUGCACCGGGAGAAACUGCAACGUUUCUAUGUCCCGCGCAGUGGUGGCCUUUCGGAUACUGUGCUGUCCUCGAUUCGCGCAGGGGAUGGAGGAGGAGGACCGUCAACCUGCUCAACCUUGCUCUCAGAUUACGAGAAGAUAGCGGGGUACUCGGGCAUAGUCGCGCCGGAGGGCCGCAACGCACGCUGUGAUUUAGAGGAGCUGCGUCGCGCUCGUAACCUGGCCGCACGCUACAGUAUAGAGAACGCCCGACUGCGUGACCAGUUGAAGGCGCAUGCCCUCCGAGAGUCUUUGCUGACUGAGCGGUUGCAGGCUGAUCACUUAACGCGUCUGAAGCAUGCCGCAGAUUACCCAGAAAGUACGGCAUCGGCUCACCAGAAUGAAAAGGUGAGCUCACUGUACACAUCGCCAGCUAAUGUGAUCAAGAGCGCGCUGCCAAGCCACAACAACCAAUUAGAGGCGAAAGAGCGGCGAAUAAGCGAGCUGGAGUUGCAUGUGUGCGGGCUGGAGGGAAGAGUCAAAGCGUACGAAGAGGCACUUCAGCGGAGCUCUGGUGGUGCCUCUCCGUCCCACAGCGGAAUUUCUCCGACAACGCACGAACUCAUCUGCCAGUGCCUGAGUGGCAUGGAAUAUCUGGUGAAGGUAUGCAACGCGGUCGACCAUUGCCGCAACACACCACACGACGGUGGUGACUGCCCACGCACGCGGCGCGAGUGCACAAUGCGCUGCCUGCGAGCUGCCAUGCGGGGCAACACGGAGCCUGUGGGAGAUAUUCUGGCGCGAGGUCAUCAGAUCGAAGACCACGAGCUGAUGUUGUCGCUGCGUGAAGAGAUCGAAUACUGCGAGACAGCGUUGGUACGAACCGCAGCUCAGCUCUUCGCGGAGUACAGUCAGCCUAAUCCAUCCCCUACUGACACAACAAGGCAUCAGGAGAUCAAGUUAGGAUCAACCUCAGAGGUUGAAAAGUGCAAGGAGCACGUUUCAAGCUCCGCGAAAGGUCUUGGACGUGAAAACUCGGAGGAUUGCGCAGUUCAAUGA